CAUCAACAAAAAGCAGAAAUGUGCGAAAUUUUGUUUAUCUUCGCACGAAAUAAUGAAUUUUAAGUGUAGACAAAGAAAUAAAGAUAAUAAUAAUUUAGUAAAAACACUCACACGAAAUUAUAAUAAUAAAAACACUUAAACAAUAUUAAAAAGUGUAAACUACAACUUUCCCUUAAAUAAAUUGCUUUUAAAAAGCAAUAAACUUAAAUUGUAAAAUAUUUGACGACAAAAAAAUGACCAAGCAAGACGACAGAACCACACCAGAGACACCGUCGUCUGCUAGCGCUGAUAUAUCAUUCGACCACGAGGCUUACGAUGCAGAAGACCAGUUUAGAACACCUGCAUAUAUGCCAACCAUCAGCGCAGAUGGCUUGCGAGCUGGUGAACUCGCGUCCACCGAUCCGCUUACACCACAAACGAGGCGUAUGCCGCGCAGGCGAAUUAUGUCCUUAGAACUGCCGGUGUUUUUAUUGUUUCUCGCUAGUUUGUUAGCCGGUGCGGUCAUGCUCAAUCAGGAACUGUAUCAAACUUGUGUGGCAGUUUAUCACUACAACGAGAGCGACUGUGAACCGCUGCGUGGUAUCAUUCCUAAAACUGCAGAAGCGCAGAUAAUCGAAAAAAGUAUACAACCUUAUGUUGCCAAGAUUGCUAUGACCAGCUCUAUAUUGAAUAAUGUAUGGCCGGGAAUUCUAAUACUAUUUGUGGGACCCUGGUCGGAUAAGUUCGGACGUCGACCAGUGCUGUUGGCCACUUUUACCGCUGCGUUUAUUGGACAGCUUAUAACUACAAUCCUAGUUAGCUUCUCAGAAGUGUUAUCGCUAAAUCCCUGGUUCUAUCUCUUGGCUAGUAUACCGUCUACGCUCGUUGGUGGCGGCUCCGCUAUGAUAACAAUUGUGUUCUGUUAUAUAUCCGAUGUAACAGAUAUGGAAAAUAAAGCAAAGCGAAUGUUCUUCAUAAAUAUGUCAAUGGGUUUGGGUGUAGUAAUUGGCAAUAUAGGUAGUAGUUACUUGUUGCGUCUAACAAAUACCACAAUAGUCUGCGCCACAUCCGCAGCACUCGUAUUCAUCGCUUUGAUGUAUGUCUUGUUUUUCAUUGGCGAAAGUUUAGACGUCGAAGAAACCACCUUUGCGUAUAAAGCAAAACACUUUUUUGAUGUGCGUUUAAUCAAGGAUCUCGUGAAGACUUGUGCGACACGGCGUCCGAAUUAUGGACGAGCCAUAAUUGCUUGUACAAUUUCAAUUUUGAUUGUGUCAAAUUUCGCUCUGACGGGAGAACUCGGCGUCUUCUAUCUAUUCUUGCGCAACAAAUUCAACACUACCUUGCAAGAGUUUACCUACUACAAUGCUGUUGGCAUCACAAUUAAAAUGAUUGGUUGCGGGGUUGCUUUCGGCGUGUUCAGAAAUUUCUUAAAAAUAUCAUUUUCGGCCAUUGCCUUGAUGGGUUUAUUUGGUUGUAUUUUGGACAGUCUAACUCGUGGUUUAGCUCAGCAGUUCUGGCAAAUGUAUUUGGCCGCAUCCUUUGGACUAAUGGCCGGCAUAACCGGGCCAAUGUUGCAAUCAAUCGUUUCAUUAGCAGUGUCAUCAAAUGAAAUUGGCAAAAUUUAUUCGCUGGCGUCAUGUCUUCAAACACUUUCACCAUUGCUUUCUGCGCCUCUAUAUACACUCGUCUACAAUAAUACCUUGGACUUUUACCCUGGACUCUAUAAUUUUAUCAGCACAGGAUUACAUGUGGAGUGCUUCUGCGUUAUGAUACUCAUUUACAUUUUCGAACGGCGAGUGAAAAAUAGAGAAGCUGAGAGACCUCCAACAGAUAGUACAACAACUCAAAAGACAUAAGCAACUCAGAUAUUUAAUUUUUUUUU